AUGAAGUUUUCCAAUGAUCCUAAUUUUCAAAUCGAUGAGGAUUCUUUACAUAUGAACAAUAUACAUCAGAAUAAAAUCGAAGAAGAUGUAAUACCAGAUUCAAAAGCUGUUAGUGAUUACAAUGUAAAUAACCAGGAAGUUCAAAGAAAAAGUUUAUCAUUAAAAGAAGAUGAAAAAAUGAGGAUAAAUAGUGUAGGGGUAUAUAAAGUGAAGAGAGAAGAAUAUAAAAAUAAUAUGAAUGCAAGAAAUGUGCAGGAAAAGAAUAUAAAUCAAAUGUAUAAGCACCAUAAAAAUGUUCCUACAAAAGUAUAUGAUGAAAAUAUAGAAUAUCAAAGGAAGAAUUAUGAAGAAAAUUUAUAUGGGAACACAAAAUAUGAUAGGAUUAAAGAAUUAGAAAAUUAUAUAAAUAUUAACAAUGCGACUAGUGUAUGUUCUUUACGAAUAAAAUUAUGGGAAGCUCUUUUAUUAUAUGUAAACAAUUUGAAUGUAGAAUUUAUUUAUUUUAUUAUAUCAUGUUUAAAAGAAAUAGAAGUAUAUUGGGGACAGGAAGCUACCGAAAAUUUACAUGAGAUAAUUAAUUUAAUAAAUGAUAAAAAAUAUAAAGAAGUUUCUAAUAAGAUAAGAGAAACAUUAUCAAGUUUAUCUGUAACUACUGGAAAGAUAACGGAUGAAAAUCCUUUUUUUUAUACACUAAUUGUAUCUUCAAAAAGAAAUGAAAAUCGAAGUAGUAGUACUAAUAAUUAUUCAGAUUUAACAUGUGAAUUAAAUAAGAUAUUACAAUAUGAGCAUAAUAGAUUAUCUAAUCAAAUUAAUAAUAAGACUUUGGAAUAUAAAAUAAUUGAAGUUAGUAAUGCGAAAGAAGCUUUAUUGGCUUGUUUAAUAAAUCCACAAAUAUUAUCUGUUGUUAUAGUAGAUAAUUUAAAUAUUGAUGAGGAGAGUGUCGAAGAAAAGGACAUCUAUAAUUAUUAUAAUGAUGAAAAUAAUUCUGUAAGAAAUCACAGUGUAGCAAAUUCGUAUGUGUAUAAUUCUAGUAUUGUAAAUAAUCUCCAUAUGCCCAUAAAUAAGUCCAGUAUGAAUAAUAUAGCGGUUAAUGCAUUAGCACUUAAUAAUAAGGAUAUAUAUAUGAAAGGUAUGAUGGGUACUAGUAGGCACCAUAAUAAUAAUAAUAAUAAUAAAAAUAAUAAUAAUAAGAAUAAUAAUAAUAAAAAUAAUAAUAAUAACAAUAAUAAUAACAAUAAUAAUAAUAAUAAUAAUAAUAGUGGUGUAAUUGAUUUUAGGAAAAAUAAAUCAUAUAAUUAUAGUAAUAAUUAUUUAAAUAAUAAUACGAAUUUAAACAAAUAUAAUGAUAGCAAUAAAAAAUAUAUGAUAAAUAAUAUGAAUUAUAUGAAUAAUUUAAAUAAGAUGUAUAAUAUGAAUAAUAUGUAUAAUAUGUAUAAUAUGUGUAAUAUAAAUUACAAUAAUGAUAAUAUUUGUCAUCAUCAAUUUAAAGAGUACAAAUUUAAUAUUGCAGAUUUUGUUCUGGGAUAUGUACAGCUAGUUUCUGCUCCCCUAGAGAAAAUGAAAAAAGGGUUUAAUAGUCUAGUUAUCCUUAUAAAGAGUAUAGCGUAUAUUCGUAGUUCCGUUGAUAUAUUUUGUGUGUGUACAUCCAUAACAUUGGAUAGCUUACAAUCCGUAAAUAAUAUGAUAAUACGUAUUUUCACUACACAUGAUGACCAUAGUGAUUUACAUGAAUCUAUAUUAGACGGAGUAAAGAAAAAGAUUAAGACUCCAUUUUUUAAUGCUUUAAAAGCAUAUGCCGAAAGGCCUAUUGGUGUGUUUCAUGCAUUAGCUAUUAGUAAAGGUAAUAGUGUAAGGAGAAGUAGGUGGAUACAAUCUUUAUUAGAUUUUUAUGGAGUUAAUUUAUUUAAAGCUGAAUCCAGUGCAACUUGUGGUGGUUUGGAUUCAUUAUUAGAUCCUCAUGGUUCAUUAAAAGAUGCUCAAAUAAUGGCUGCACGUGCAUAUAGUAGUAAGUACUGUUUUUUUGUAACAAAUGGAACAUCUAGUUCUAAUAAGAUAGUAAUGCAGGCUUUAGUUAAACCUGGUGAUAUUAUUUUAGUGGAUCGAGCUUGUCAUAAAUCUCAUCAUUAUGGGUUCGUAUUAAGUCAAGCUUUUCCAUGUUAUUUAGAUCCUUACCCUGUGUCUAAGUAUGGUAUAUAUGGUGCAGUACCUAUAUAUGUCAUUAAAAAAACGUUAUUAGAAUAUAGGAAGAGUAAUAAAUUACAUUUAGUUCGUUUAAUAAUUUUAACAAAUUGUACAUUUGAUGGUAUCGUAUAUAAUGUAAAAAGAGUUAUGGAAGAAUGUCUAUCCAUUAAGCCAGAUUUAAUAUUUUUGUUUGAUGAAGCUUGGUUUGCUUAUGCAUGCUUCCAUCCAAUACUUAAAUUUAGAACAGCUAUGACAGUUGCAGAAAAAAUGAGAAGUACCGAGCAAAAAAGAAUUUAUGAAAAAAUACAUAAAAAGUUGUUAAAAAAAUUUAGUAAUGUGAAAAGUUUAAAUGAUGUACCAGAGGAAGAAUUAUUAAAAACCAGGUUAUACCCAAAUCCUAAUGAAUAUAAGGUUAGGGUAUAUGCAACCCAGUCUAUUCAUAAAUCUUUAACAUCUUUAAGACAAGGAAGUGUAAUAUUGAUAAGUGAUGAUAAUUUUGAAUCACAUGCAUAUACUCCUUUUAAAGAAGCAUAUUAUACACAUAUGUCUACCUCUCCGAAUUAUCAAAUUCUGGCUACCUUAGAUGCAGGUAGAGCACAGAUGGAAUUAGAGGGAUAUGGAUUGGUAGAGAAGCAAACUGAAGCAGCAUUUCUCAUAAGAAAAGAAUUGAGUGAAGAUCCUAUCAUUUCCAAAUAUUUUAGGAUAUUAAAUGCGGAUGAUUUGAUACCCGACAGGUUACGGCAAUGUACUGUAUCAUACAUGAAAAGAAAACAUGUAAAUAAUAAUAAUAAUAAUAAGAAGAAGAAGAAUGAUGAUGAUAAUAAUAAUGAUGGUGAUGAUAAUAAUAAUGAUGAUGAUAAUAAUAAUGAUGGUGAUGAUAAUAAUAAUGAUGAUAAUAAUGAUGGUGAUGAUAAUAAUAAUGAUUAUGAUAAUAAUAAUGAUGGUGAUGAUAAUAAUAAUGAUGAUGAUAAUAAUAAUGAUGAUGAUGAUAAUAAUAAUGAUGAUGAUAAUAAUCAUAAUAGUAAUAAUAAUAAUAAUGUAGGAAACCAAAAAAAAUAUAAUAAUUCCUUAAAUUGUAGAUGUAGUGGCGAUGAAAAUUCCACAGGUUCCUAUAUUUUUAAUAAUAAUAUAAAAGAGAUAGAAGAUAAUACAGAAAGCGAACAUAAGAUUCCCAUCGAAUAUGUUGAUGGUAAAUUAUUUAACGUUAUUAAAUAUCCUCAUGAAUAUAUGAGUGAAGAUAAUAGUCCAAAUAAUAUCCCUACAAAUUUACAGAAGAGCAAUAUGAAAUUGAUAAAUUAUAAUAAUAUUGAGGUGGGUAGGAUCUUGGAAAGCUCGAAUUGUUUUAAAUACAGUCAUAAUGUGAAUAUGUCUAAUGUGUUAAUAAAUAAUUCAUCGUAUAAAAAUAAUAGUGAUAAUAAGAAGGAUGGGUUUGAGAAAAGAUAUGUGUGUAAUGAAUAUAAUGAGAGAGUUAAAGAGAAUUGCCCCAAUGAUGAUACAAAUUAUGAUGCGACAUAUAAAGGAUAUGUUAAUGAAGAUGUCAAUGUAAAUAUGAAUGGGCAUGUCAAUGUAAAUAUGAAUGGACAUGUCAAUGUAAAUAUGAAUGGACAUGUCAAUGUAAAUAUGAGUGAUCUUAUGAAUGGGGAUAAUAAAAGUGAUUGGUGUGAUACGAACGAUUGUGAUGAUAAUAAGAAUAUAUAUUGUGAUAAGGCAAAUAAUAUUUAUUAUUAUGGUAAUAAUUAUAAAAGUAAGGAGGAAAAGAGGAAGAAAGCGAAUUAUGGUUCUGUAAAUUCGAUAUGUUGUGAUAGUACAUAUUGUAUGGAUACGAGCGAUGAUAAUUUUAGUUCUAAUGAAUAUUCCUCUUAUAUAGAUAAUAACCAUCAUAAUAAUAAUAAUAAUAAUAAUAAUAAUAAUAAUAUUAAUAAUAAUAAUAAUAUUAAUAAUAAUAAUAGUAAUAGUAAUAAUAAUUCAUGUUCAGGUGAUAUGAAAAACUUCCUUGAAUAUUUUGAAAGAUCCUGGUUAAGCGAAGAUGAAUUUGUUUUAGACCCCACAAGAAUUACAUUAUUUACUGGUUAUUCUGGUAUAGAUGGAGAUACAUUCAAAGUAAAAUGGUUAAUGGAUAAAUAUGGAAUUCAGAUAAAUAAAACAUCUAUUAAUAGUGUUUUAUUUCAAACUAAUAUUGGUACUACAGGUUCUUCUUGUUUAUUUUUGAAGAGUUGUUUAUCCUUAAUAUCACAAGAAUUAGAUCAGAAGAAAAGUUUGUUUAAUGAAAGAGAUUUAAAUCAGUUUAAUGAAAGUGUAUAUAAUUUAGUUUAUAAUUAUAUUGAUUUAUCUGUAUUUAGUGCUUUCCAUCCUUUAUUUAAAAAAAGGUAUGAAGAUAAGAAUAUAUUUAAUAAUGAAGGUGAUUUAAGAAAAGCUUUUUAUUUAGCAUAUGAAGAAAAUUAUGUGGAAUAUAUUUUAUUAAAUGAUUUAAAAGAUAGGAUAAGACAUAAAGAAAUGAUAGUAGCAGCUAGUUUUAUUAUACCAUAUCCUCCUGGAUUUCCUGUAUUAGUACCUGGACAAAUAAUAAGUGAAGAAAUUGUAAAUUAUUUAUCUGGUUUAAGUGUUAAAGAAAUUCAUGGGUAUGAUGAAAAUAUUGGAUUUAGAUGUUUUUAUAAUUUUAUAUUAGAUUAUUAUGAAACGAUUAAUAUAAAUGAUCCAUAUAGUAUGUACCAACCCAUGGAUAAAACGUUAUAUGAACAACUAAAAGAAAAAUAUUUACAUAGUAAAAAGGAUUUACAUGAUCACAGAUUAAGUAAUUUGUAUAUGUAUGAUAAAGAAACUAAGAAAAUGAAAAAGGUUUAUAUACAUAAUAAUAAUGGAUCUUAUUCUGUUGACCCUUAUGGAUCUAUAAGUGAUUUAAAUGAAGAAGAAGGAGUAAUUAUUAAUGCACAACUUGUUAAUAAUAAAAAGGAUAUAUUUUUUCGUAAUAAAAGAGAAAAUAAAAUACACAAUAAUAAUAAUAAUAAUAAAAAGAAGACACAUGUUAACAACAAAUCAGAUGUUAUGAUAAUUAUUCCAUCGGGCGAUCAUUUAAAUCCACAUAUUACACAUAAAAUGAAUGAUAAUAAUAGGAAAAUUAUAAAUACUAAAAAUUAUAACAAUAUUAUUAAUUAUACAUCAAAUAUUUUAAAUAAUAAACAAGACCAUGCUUUUUAUAAUAGCGGAAGUCCUAGAACAUCUGUAUGUUCCAAUCCUAAGAAUAUGAACACAAAUGACAUGUUUAAUAAUUUAAUGCAUACAAAUGAUGAAAGGGGAAAUAAUAAAUCAAUGUUAAAACAUGACAAAAACAACCAUUCUUUAUAUUUAACCAAUGGUUUAAAUACAAAGUCUCAUAAAAAAAUGUACAUUGAAUCGUAUAACCCAAAAGGCGAUAGAGAAUUAGAUUUUCAAAACAAAAGUACUAUGUGUAAUAAUAUGGACGAUGUUGCAUAUCAUGGAAAGCAUUAUCAUAGUGUUAAAAAGGAUGUAAUAAAUAAUGAUACGAGCUUAAAAGAAAACACAUAUAACAAGAAUAUAAUGUCAUGCAAAACAAAUAAUAAUACUGGAACUAAUAGUAAGAAUGAAAGAAAGAAGAAAAAAAGUUUGGGAAUUCAUAUGUCACUCGCACCAAAUAUUAAUCAUUUGAAAGGACAUGAUACAAGUAGAUAUUCCGAUUCGACAUCUAUUUGUGAGGAUAAUAUAAAUGAUGAGAACGUCGAUGAUACAGGUCAUAAAAAAAUUGAUCCUAUUGAUGGGCAUAAUAUUCGGAAUAAAAAAUCUGAUAUUAAGGAAAUACAUUAUAAUAAUAAUAAUGAUAUAUAUGGUAACGCUUGUGAUGUUAUUCCAUGUAAAGAAAAUAUGUAUAUAAAUGAAAAGGAUUCAUAUUCUGAUGUUGUGCUUAUUAAAAGAAAUAAUAAAAUAAAUAAAAGUGAUGGAAAUUAUCAUAAUAAUAAUAGUAACAAUAAUAGUAAUAAUAAUAGUAAUAAUAAUAGUAAUAAUAGUAGUAAUAAUAAUAGUAUGCAUUCAAAUGUCGUACCUAUAUUAAAUAAAGGAAACAUUUUGUUAAAUAAUACAAAUGUAAAAAAUGAUUAUUGCGUCAUUCAAAAGGAUAAUAAAAUAAUGUCGCGAAAUAAUAUGAAUACUAAAUAUGCUUCCUCAAUUGAAUAUAAGAAUAAGAAGGAAGGUGGUGCCUAUUACUCUGAUUCUAGCAAAAAUAUUCACGAUAAUUUAUUUUUAAAAAGAAAAGAAAAUGAAAAUGUUCAGUAUAUAACAAAGAAGGACGUUAUGAAAAGAGAACCUUUGAUAGGAUAUAAUAAAGAGGAAAUCAAAAAAAUAAACGAAUUUUUAAAAAUAAAUAGGAGGAUAGCUGAUGAACCCAUUGGGGACACACAAAUAAAACUUGAUGAAGAAAUUUUAGAAAGAAAGGAAGAAGAUAUCUAUGAUAAUAAUAAAAAUGAUAUGUUUAAUGCAAAUAUUAAAAAUAAUAUUGAGGAUGUAGCAGACAAUUCUGCACAAAUGAAUAUUGAUAAAAAGGAUAUAAUAGUACUAGCUAGUAAUAACAAUUAUUGUGAUAUAAAUAAUAAUAGUUGUAAUUAUGUGAAAAAAUGUGAAACAAAUAAAUGUGAUAUUUAUAUUACAAAGGAUAACUUGGAAGAAAUACAAAAAACAAAUAUGAAUAUAAAAAAAGAUGUUGAGCAUGAUAUAGCAGAGUAUAAUUUUGAUAGUGUUAUAAAUCAAAGUGUAAAUAAUAAUAUAAAUAUUUUAUUAGAUAAAUAUAAUUGUAAUAAUAUAAAAAAAUUAAAUAACUCUAAUAUAUAUGAAAAUAAUAAUUUAUUAAGUAAUGAUAAUAAUUAUAGUGUAAAUCACAAAGUAUAUAAUUCUAUAGAAAAUAUUAACACUUUAAAUUGUGAUAAUAUAAAGACAGAUAAUAAUAAUAAUAAUAAUAAUAAUAAUAUGUCUUAUAAAGAAUAUAAAGUAAGAGGUUUAAUUAUAUGCGAAAAUGAUAUAAAUAAAAAUACAGGUAGACAAUUAAAUACAUUAAAUAAUAAUAGCUACAUUAAUAAUCUUAUAACUAAUGUAGAUGAUGAUACAUUUGUACAUCGAGAAGGGAACUUUUUUCUUCAAUGCGAAUUUGCAAAUUCAGAUAUUAAUUGUAAUAUGUAUGAAAUGGAAACUUCAUUAAAUAAUAUGUGUACUAACCCGGGGGAAGUUAUAAUAAAAAAUAAUAUGGAAUAUAAUGAUUGUGAAACCAAACACAAGUGA